AUGGAUAGGAUGUUUAACCACAAAAGGCCCAAGGAUAAAAAUGCGAAGUCCAAAUCAAGGCUAUCCAUGUUUGGCAGAAAAAAAGACAGAGCUGAUCAGCAAGCCCACGACAAUGGAGGCACACCAGAACCCAGUCCCUUGAUCAAUUCUGCUUUUCCAAAUCCUAAUCCUAUCGGGUCCUCCAAUGCUCCAGCGCAGCCCUCAACAUCUGACACGUCCUCAUUGAGUCCUGAUGACGAAUACCAAAAUACGCCAAUAGUGGAAUUGUGGAACUCAGCAUACGAGAAGCUACGCAAGGAAAAUAAACAACUAAUCGACGAAUAUGAGACCAAACUCCAAAAUAGCUCGGAUGCCGCAUUGGAUCCUGUACCAGAUACCAAAGAAGAUAGACAAAAUUGGAUGGGCCGGCUAUUGCACCAAAAGAUGGAGCAGGUCCAGAAAGAUGCCUGGAAGUUUAUGUUUCUGGGCUCUGAGAUUCGACCAGCUGAGACGGUUGAAUCUGUUCUGAGAGUCAUUAAGAUGGCUAACGACUCGAUUACAGCCACUGUUGUUCCAAACCCUUAUGCUUCGCUUGCCUGCGUUGGUAUAAGCGUGCUGCUGUCAAUUUGUUUAACGCCUAGCAAUCAAGCGGUGUCUCUCGCAAACGAGUUCAAAUACGUCUUAUCACUUAUUAUUCAGGGCCGUAUGAGGGAAGAUCUCUAUCAGCGGCGAUACGAAGGUCAGAACAAAGUCGAUGAACCAUUUCUAGAGGCACAUUCAAAAUAUAAGUCCGCGCUAGAGAACUUAUACCAGCAGAUACUGAGAUUCCAGAUACAUUGCUAUUGCUAUUAUACUCAAAGCAAAGCCUCUCGUCUUGUUAGCGACUUCUCUCAGAAGAAUGACUGGAACGGUUUAGUUGAAGACAUACGCCGGCAAGAAACCCAAAUGGCCGCCAUCGAUAAGAUUUGGCGCGAUCAACGAUAUGAUGACGAAUCUGCUGCAUCUGAGAGACGGUAUCAAGGGACUAUACUUAACAUGAAAACCAUUGGUGCCAAUAUCUCAAGUCUGCGAGAGGCAGUGGAGAACGCCAAUCGGGACCGAAACCAGCAAGAAUUGCUUGACUGGUUAUGCGACAUAGACCCAUCGGACAUGUAUAACGCCGCUCGCAAAAGACAUAAGGCUGGGACGAGUGAAUGGCUAAUUAAAGAGAAUGCAGAAUUUGCAUCUUGGGUACAAAGCCCUUCUUCUUUUCUAUGGCUUCAUGGGAAAGCUGGAUGUGGCAAAUCAGUGCUAAGCUCCUCUGUUAUACAUCACCUCCAAAGGGAGUUUAAAGACGACGCCUCUACCGCAGUUGUCUAUUUCUAUUUUACCUUUAGCGAUACAACAAGGCAAGAAAGCGACGGGAUGCUAGCGUCCCUUAUCAAGCAAGUCUGCUGUCACCGACCUAACAUACCUGAUACGGUCAAUGAUUUGGGUGAAUAUAAGAAAAAGGGCAUGCGGCCGUCGACAGAGGAGCUCCAGAAUAGCUUCAUAUCAACCCUUCGCGGAUUUACUAACGUAUAUAUCAUCAUCGAUGCUCUGGAUGAAUGUCCAAAUAUUAAUACGCAGCGAGAAGAACUCCUCGAAAUAUUGCAUUAUAUCCUCGAUUCUAACCUCAACAAUCUUCAUAUGUUCUGUACUAGUCGCAAGGAGUCUGACAUCGAUGUCUCGCUCCAGAUCGAACGCGAUAUUGGCGAAUAUAUAGACUCAACUCUAACAAACGCCAAGUAUAGCUCUUGGCCAAUCCUUAUUAAGGCUGAGGUUAGAAAAGCUCUGAUUGAAAAGUCAGAUGGGAUGUUUCAGUAUAUUCGUUGCCAGUUUGAAGCUCUACAGAAGCUUAGGUCUCCUAGAGAUAUUCGUCGAGCAUUAGAGGAUCUUCCCAAAGGACUGGAUGAAACAUACGAUAGAAUGCUUCAGGGAAUAGACGAUCGUUACAGGAAAUCAGUGGCGAAUUCUCUCAAAUGGCUCGCGUUCUCGAUGCAACCAUUGACGGUAGAUGAGCUAGCUGAGAUCUUCAUCAUGCAUCCAGAUGAUGCUUUUAUUAUCGACAGUACGGAGCGUCUUUUUACUCCACGGGACGUGUUAAUGUAUUUCUCUGGCCUCAUCGUUGAGAAUCAAGAGACCGUCCGCUUGGCUCACUUUUCGAUUAAAGAAUAUUUGGUAUCUAGUCGAAUCCAGCAGCAUCUUACCUCCACCUUUUCGAUUCGCGACAUCGACGCCCAUUUGUUCAUUGCAUGCUCUUGCUUCUCCUAUUUCAGUUACAUGAGUGCUUUAGUCAACGAGGGCGAUAAACAAGCUCACCCCCUGAAGGCUUACGCGUCUUCGAAUUGUCUAAUCCAUCUCGAAAUGGUCCCUUCCGAGUACUGGCAUGCAGAUGUUAUCAACAAACUGGUUCAGACACUUGCUAUCCGAAGCCAAAACCUCUUACAUGUCAUCUCUGGACAUUUUAUGAAGAAAUUUUCACAAUUAAUCAGAGAUUCUGAUAUACUUGGAGAUUUUGAUAUACUUCGACGUUUUGGAUCCGCACGGUUGUUAGACCUGCACCUGCGGCCAUACUGUUUAGCCGCUUACCAGGGUUUCGUUCGUAUAACCGGAUGCAUAUUAUCGCAGGCGUUCAGUGCAAGCAAGUAUUUGACACAAGGAGACUUGAAUACAGCGCUCUGGUAUGCAGUCUAUGGAGGCAGAAAGGAAGUGGCUGUGCUUUUGUUAGACAGGGGCGCCGAUCCGAACACAUCAAGAACAACCACAAGUGAUAUUGGAUACGAAUUCGAGAAACACGGGGACGUUCUGCAAAUAGCAGUAUCGAAGGGCGACGCAGUGAUGGUGAACCUCCUCUUGGAUAGGGGGGCCGAUAUCGACGCUCAACGAUGGGGCUCAGCUUUGCAGACUGCAGUGGAAUACGGGUGUCUCGAUAUCUUGAAGCUUCUCGUGAGACGCGGGGCAAACAUAAACGGUCCUUCUAAUGAAAAAGGAAGUGUCCUUUCUACAGCAAUACAGUAUGAUGACCUGGAGUGUUUUCAAUUUUUGCUAGACAGUGGAGCAGACAUCAACAUGCUUGGUACUGCCGAGGGGGCCCGGACAGCACUUUGCGAAGCAGCACGAUACAAAUGCCGGAAACAGUUCGAGCUGCUCCUCAGGGGAGGUGCCGAUGUCAAUAUAGGUGGCGAAGGCGGUUACCCCCUUGAACAGCUCAUAGAACUAAGUUAUUUCCCUUACGGUAAUAUUCGGUCUAUGCCCCGUUUUGGGAAGACCAGCGAUGUGCUUCCGAUGAUCGAACGCCUACUCAGCCUUGGUGCAAAUCCGAACGCUCAAGCGAAGCAUCAUCACACUGCACUUCACGCGGCAGUCGCUGGCUGGGGGGGCGAUGAGAGCCCUUCUUUUUAUCUCGGGGUUGCAAAGCUUCUAAUCGACCGUGGCGCCGAUGUAAAUAUACGCGCAUGCACGGGAAUUGGGAAUGAAUAUGCGACAGAGGGUGAGAAGCGGGACCCUCAGUCACUCUUAUACCACUGCGCUUACGAUGGUUCCACGUCCAUGGCACAACUCCUGCUCGAGAAUGGUGCCUCUGCGAACGUGAACUUGCAAGCAGGACAGUUUGGUAACGCACUCCAAGCGGCUUCAUCUCAUGGACACAUCGAAAUGAUGCAGCUACUCCUUGAUCACGGGGCCGAAGUCAACUCCCAAGGCGGCUACUACGGGACGGCACUAAACGCAGCCUGCCAGAGUCUCUUCAGUGAUCAUGCUAUUCAUGCUGUUCGACUGCUACUCGAACAUGGCGCUGAUGUGAACAUUGGAGGCGGCGAAUUCGGGUCGGCACUGCAAACUGUUUGUGCUCGAUUCAUCCCCAAGACUAGCAAUGCUCUAGCCCAGAUCCUGCUUGACUAUGGAGCGGAUGUCAACGCCCGAGGCGGCAGAUAUGGAACUGCACUGCAAGCUGCCUGUGUCCACAGCCCUACGACAGUGCAGUUGCUGCUUGAUCGUGGUGCUAAUGUGAAUGCUGAAGGCGGCGAAUACGGAACUGCACUGCAAGCUGCCUGUGUUCACAACCCCUCGAUAGUACAGUUGCUGCUUGACUAUGGCGCCGAUGUAAAUGCUGAAGGUGGCAAUUACGGAACCUCUCUACAAGCUGCUUGUGCUCGCAGUCCCAUGACAGGGCGGUUGCUGCUCGAUCAUGGUGCGAAUGUGAAUGCUGAAGGCGGCAAUUACGGAACUGCUCUACAAGUUGCAUUGCAUUCUUGUCAUCUGGACUUGGUUCAACUACUGGUUGAUCGCGGUGCUGAUGUGAAUGCCAACGGCGGGCCAUACGGAUCUUGUCUGCAGAUUGCGUGCGCAAAUGGGCGUGUUCUUCGGUGCGAGGGUGGCAUGGACGUGAUACGCACACUGCUUCAGCGCGGAGCAGAUCCUCUGAUACAUAAGGGCCAAUACCCUAAUCCAUUCCACUCUGCUGCUGUACACAACUUGUCCUUUGACGAAUAUGUUUACCCACACAUUAAGUCAUCAUUCCAAGUUGAUACCCUGUUACAAUUGCUAUUGGGGCAUGGCGCUGAACUCAACCUAGUUGAUGACAAGCGAGGUACUGCCCUUCAUUACGUGCUUUCUCUUGUGCAGGAUUCCAGCCUAUCGUAUCGUUGGCAGGAUGGCUUUGAAACAUGGUGGAUAGGGAGGAUCCUCUUUCUGCUUGACCAUGGUGCCGAUGCCAAUCUCAAUCUGGCUCUGCAGGCAGCGGCAUACUCCGGCCAGCUUAAAACAGUUCAGCUCCUAUUACGUCGAAAAGAUCAUAUCAUCUAUAAUGAACGACAUGGGAAGUAUGGAAGUGCGCUUAACGCGGCUGUUAUUAGAGCCAAUUGGGAUAUUCUUGAUGUUCUUCUUGAAGCUGGUGCAAAGCCAGAUUGUCAUAUGCUACAGGAGCCUGAUGAGGAAUUUCUUGCCCGAAUCCGAGAAGAGCAUGGCUGGGCUGCAGAAGAGAGAUACAAAAAGUUCUGGGAGGUGGAAAAAAGGAACUUGUAA